AUGCGGACCAAGCCGCCAGAGCGGCAGCGUUGCUCCACCUUCGUGCCUCGAAGGGAGAACGCGACGUUGUGGACAGGCUGGGGCAGGGAGGUGGGGAUCACGCAAGCGCACAGCCGCGUGGGGUUCGUGCAGGUCAUGUCGCAGUUCGGCGAGGUCGUGUACUGCCGCAAGCCGCCCUACUCCGGCCUCCCGGGCGAAGACUACGUGAACAUCGGCUUUGGCAGCCAGCAGGCGGCGGACCGCGCCUACCAGGAGCUCAAGGCUGGCAACGUGUACGUCGACGGCUGCCAGGUGGGCGUCGGCCAGGAGAAGAAGGAGGGGCUUAAGCCCAUAGGGGACGACCGCAGAUCGCGGUCCAGGGAGCGGCGUGGCGGAGGUGGCAGGCGCAGCCCCCCUGGGGGCUCCAGGGCCAACUUCAAGCAGAGGCACGACGAGAGGAGCCCGAGCCCGCGGACGAUGGCGCGCGAGGCCAUGCUGAAGCGGGGCGAGCGCAAGCGGAGCCGGUCCAGGCGGCGGCGCAGAAGAUCGAGCUCCAGCAGCUGAGGGGGGUACUGCCGCGGCGCGCCCGGAGAUCUGGGGGCGCGGUCCGUUGAUGGCCCGGAGGGCCAGGGGAUUCAGGAGCAUUCAUCAUGCCUGGGUGGCCGACUCCACGGAUCCCCCGCCCCCGAGCGCCGCGGCGCCCCGCCGAGCGCGGCGCGCCCCCGCGCGGCCAGCGCGGAGAGGGCCCGCUGCGAUCCCCUGCGCGGCCGGCGCGCACGGUCCCUUGGCGCCCCCCUCGUCCGACCGCGCCGGGCGCGGCUGGGCCAUCUACAGAUCCAGGCCUCCUGGAUUCGGAGGCGACGAUCCCAGGCAUGAGCGCGUCGU